AUGGCCGAGGAAUUUGGGGGCGCAGAAGAGGUGGAGACGGCACUGAAAAGAACACUCACGCGCGAACCUGAUAUGGGUCACAUCGCGGUUAUUAAGGAGGCCGAGUUGGAGCACGCUACCAACGUAUAUCGUCUCACGGCCAAACAGUCUGGUUCGUUUAUAGCGUCACUUACAGUUGAGAACAAGGCGGAUGAUCUAUCAAACCAGCCUAGCCUCGCAUCCGGUGAUACAGUUUGGGGUGAGAAAGGGAGGGAGAUGGAAGGAUCGGAGAUACCUCGGUACGUAAAUCAUCAAGCUACAAUGGAGCCAUAUGGAAUUGCUCUGCCCAGCGACGCUGUAUCGGAAUGGACCGACUUUCCCACUACUACUAGUGUCCAUAACUUCAAUCCCGACUAUAUUGGAUUUGUUCGGGACUCUGGCCAACCUGAAGAGGCAUACCCACUGUCUUCGCCCCAUGGUGACCUACGUGCAGACUUCGCUUACCCGUCUGAUUAUGCUGGACACGAGAUCUGGACCGAGAACCAGAAACGCGGCCCCAUGAAUACUAAUCCAGACUGA